UUGAUUUCUCGUGGUCCCACGCCGGCGGCUACAAAAGCAGGAAACGAAAUGGAAUGAUUCUUUGGUCACUGGAAAAAGUUUCCGUCGAGUCUCAACUUCUCAGCUCCGGCGAUCAUGGCGGCGAAUAAGCGGAAAGAAACCGGAAAUUCAGGAUCGAAUGGGGUGAAUAACGGAACGAGAGUAUGGUUAUACUCCAUUUUGCUCACUUUUCAAUACGGUGCUCAGCCUCUCAUCUCUAAGCGCUUCACUGGACGAGAAGUUAUUGUGACCACACUGGUCUUAACAUGCGAGAUAACGAAGGUAAUAUGCGCUCUAAUUCUCAUGGCUAAAGAUGGUAGUUUGAAGAAAUUAUACAGAGAAUGGACUUUGGUUGGUUCACUCACUGCAUCAGGACUUCCUGCAGCAAUUUACGCUCUACAAAACAGCUUGCUGCAGAUAUCUUACAAGAAUCUUGAUUCGCUCACGUUUUCAAUGCUGAAUCAGACAAAAAUAUUCUUCACUGCUUUCUUUACUUAUAUAAUAUUAAGGCACAAGCAGUCAAUUCAGCAAAUUGGUGCUCUGUUCUUAUUGAUUAUAGCUGCUGUUCUUCUAAGCGUUGGUGAAGGCUCUAGUCGAGGGUCCAGUAGUAGUGACCCUGAUCAAAUAUUAUUUUUUGGUAUUGUCCCUGUCCUGGUUGCUUCCGUUCUUUCUGGCCUUGCUUCUUCCUUAUGUCAAUGGGCUUCUCAGGUUAAGAAGCACUCGUCAUACUUGAUGACCGUUGAAAUGUCUAUAGUUGGAAGCUUGUGUUUAAUGGCCAGCACAACCAAGUCUCCGGACGGCGAAGCUAUUAGGAAAUAUGGAUUCUUUCAUGGCUGGACUCCACUGACUAUGAUUCCAGUUAUAGCUAAUGCUCUCGGGGGAAUCCUCGUUGGUCUUGUGACAUCUCAUGCAGGAGGUGUUAGAAAGGGGUUUGUUAUUGUUUCUGCACUUCUCGUAACAGCCAUGCUGCAGUUUAUUAUCGAAGGGAAUCCACCUUCGGUGUAUUGUCUGCUAGCUCUACCGCUUGUCAUUUGCAGCAUUUCAACAUACCAAAACUAUCCGUACCGACCCAAAAAGAAGGAAUCAUGAUCUGUUCCAACAGACUAGCUUAACCUAUUUGGUGAAGAUAUUAAUCCCCAGUUAUAGAAGGGACUUUUAUUUUUGUUUCACUAGUGUAUUAACAUCUACCAGAUUAUGCUACAAAAUGAGAGGGUUUCACAAAAUAUAUGAACAAUGAUUGUAUUCUCAAGAGGUCUUGUAUUGAGUACUGAUUACAAGAUAUGAAUGAAAUGAUUUUUCAACAUUUA